UACGGACGUCUGAAAAUAUCUAAACACAAAAAUAAUUUAAAAUACUUAAUUAUUUGUAAUUUUUGAUUUAACGUAAUAAGAUAAAACUUUAAAAACUACAUAUACAGCUGAUUACAAAAAAAUAAAAAUGAUAAUUUUAAAAAUAUUCUACACACUUUUAAGUUUGAAAACUUGCUUUGGUGUUCUUUAUCAUUUGAAUGAUUCAGAGUAUGAUCACAUGCCACCAAUUUAUGACUUGGAUAAAUAUGAAUCAUGUCUUCAGAAAGACAAAGGUGUCUAUUGUACGGGAAAAUUUGAAAUAUUCGCAGAUCAACCUAAUGAACUUAUGACACUUAUAAACGAAUUUUCUGCUCAUACAGCUAAACAUUAUAACCACAGUCUUAUAGAAAGAGGAGUGUGUAUUAGUAAAAGAUGUCCAAAUUUACUCAAAAUCCGUAACAUAGAAGAGACAGAUGACCUAAAAGAUGUCCUUGAGGCAUGCGUUAAUGAAAGCAUAUGGAAUGAGUAUGGAUUGCAAGCAAAAGUGAUAGAUAAAUACGCUUGUGACCGACAAGGAGAAGUACUGGAAAAGGAUAUUUACGACCAGAUCUUUUUGUUCAUAAUUGUAAUAUUAGUUAUGUUGAAUGUAGUCGGAAGCAUCAUAGAUGUCUACGAACAGAGGCAACAUCGUGAAAAGAAUAAUAAUUAUGGCAUUAAGUAUUAUUUAUUAUGCUUUUCGAUAUUACGAAAUUGGAAAUCAUUACUUUCUACUGACUCAGAAGGGGACCCUAGGUUACGAAAACUUAGGGGUUUGCAUGGCGUAAAAUGUAUCGUCAUGUAUUUAUUCAUUGUUGGUCAUGUAUUUUAUUUGUUCCACGCAUUUAUUGAUAAUACUCACCAAUUUGAAAAGUUUUACGAAUACACCUUCUAUAGAAUGCUAUUUAAUGGAAUGGUAUCAGUACAAAUUCUGUUCACAAUAUCAGGUUUUUUAUUAGCAUAUCAUUUGCUGUUGGAAUCUGAAAAGAGGCCAAUAACUUGGAAACUAGUACCUCAAAUUAUUAUACAAAGGUUAUGGAGGAUUUCUUCAGCAAACGUACUUUUUGUACUAUUCUCAGCUACUUUGAUUCGUCAUUGGGGUUCGGGACCACUAUGGAAGUCGUACAUCAAUAACAAAAUGUCAGGCGAUUGUCGAAAAUACUGGUGGUCACAUCUGAUCUUCAUAAAUAACUACAUAUCUGAUAACAAAUUCUGCGUUGUUCAAAAUUGGCAAUUGGCGGCAGAUGUACAGCUAUUUAUCCUCGGGCUAUGUGUUUUCGUCGGCACGAAGACUAGAGGUAGACUGAUGAUGAUGGGUCUCUUGAUGCUAUUGGGAAUGGCAUCUUUGGCCCUCCAUAUAUGGUGGAAUGACUUGGAUGCCUACAUGUUAUUGAUUCCUGAGAUCUACAGAACCUUUGAUUUGAAGUCGUACGAGGUGCAUAAAUACACUCACGUGAAUAUUCCUGGAUUCAUAAUCGGCAUGAUGACCGGCCAAGUUUUAUAUCACAUGCAGAAAAGACAAGUUGAUAUUUCAAAAUACAAGAACACGCUUAAUAUGAUAAGUCAUGCUAUGAUUCCGUUAAUCAUGGUGCUCUUCUACUCUGGUUCUUACUUUUACGAAGACGCUGAACGAGCUUCCCUAGGAGUCAGAAUUGCAUAUGGAGUGGCUUAUCGACCAACGAUGUCACUUCUGACUGCCUUUAUUAUAGUUGCUAUGGCGAUGCGUUUUAGUGACUUUUGGUGUGAUCUCUUAGAGUGGGAAGGAUGGGUGGUACCUGGCAAGUUGACAUACAGCGUGUCCCUGAUCCAUGUGUUCUACAUCAUCAUCCUGUUUGGCUCAAGAACCCAGCUGCUUCAACUCACUGCUCUUAAUCAUGGUUUGGCGCACGUAGGCGUUGCAGUACUGUCGUACCUAACAGCAAUACCUUACUGUUUACUAGUAGAAGCUCCUCUCAACAGAGUAAUGAAAGCCAUCGCUAAUGGAAAUGUUCAUGCGAAGAAAGCUGAUUGAACAAGACAAAAAAGAAAAACAUAGAGUGAUCAAAAGAAAGACUGUCUCUUAGACAUAUUUCAGAAGCAUUAGUCCUAAAGCUUCAAUUUCCCGGCCCAGUAGUGUGUGAAUGAAAUACCGGGGAAUUUUGAUAUCGAGUAGACAAAUUGGUCCUCAUCAAAUCAAUAAUAUAACCUGCAAAGUACAGUGAAUUUAGGUUUAUUUUUAAAUUGGUAAUUCGUUGAAAAAUGCGCAUUCUUUUGUGAAUGACGCGAUUGUUUUGUGACGCACAUUAAACCUGCGUUUUGGAGGGGGAUUGAGAAGCGAAUCGUGUGGUGAAUUCAAUAUGCUGACACUAUACCCACGAAUGAUCACGCAGCACAGCAAACACUCUAUUGACUUAUAGAUGCUUUUAGUAAAAACCAAGUAAGCGCCUUUUUGACAAAUCACAUUCUCACGUGAUUCUCUUCCACAAAACCUCGAUUUCUUUCAAUUUAUUUUAAUCCAGGUAAAAAUUGAAAAUUCAAAAAAUCUAUUGCAAGGGUGUUAACAAGAAUCACAUGAGAAUGUGAUUUUUCAAAAUGGCGCCUACUUGGUUGACAAGUACGGCCACGAGCAUUAAUAUGUAUACACUUUGGUACCAUGUCACAUUAACUUUUUUGACAAAUUGAACUGUUAAGUCUCACUAAUUGGCAAUUAUAUGUAAGUGUGAUAGGGUUCUAAAGUGGGUACAGGUGAUGCUCAUUACUGUAUGCCGGAUCUCUAUACACAAGUUUUUGAAUGACCCAGUAUUUUAACAAUUAGAUAAAAUAAGGUGAUAAGUAAUUUAAAUAUAUAAAAUAAGUGCGAUAAGAAAAUAAUAGUCAUUAUUUAGUUAAGUUACUACUUAUUUUACUAGUUUGAAAGUAAGACGCUCUUUCAAAAGGGCAACUUAAUAGUAUAUUGCUAAAUGUGAUAUGAAAUGUGUGUUGUAUUGUUAUAUGAAGACAGUAUUAUAAUAAUGCUGAUGUUAUGUUUUGUGUCAAUAUGGGUUCCUGUUAGUAUAAUAAUAUUUCAAGGAAUGCGUAGAGAAUUAGUUUCAUGGUAAAUUAAAAUACUUAGUUAAUUAUGAAGGUACUGAUUACAAAUUAAAUAAAUUAUCAUUAAACUCAAGUCUUUUAUAGUUUUAUGUGAUUAUUGCCCGACUAUGGCGUAGCCAAAUGGAGGGUUAUGUGUUUGACUGAUAUGUAUGCAUGUACGCAUGUUAUUUAUGUGCAUAUGCAC